AGAUGAAGGGAGGAGGAGAGAAGAAGAUGACUCUAGAAGAGUACGUUGAUUACUUCAGCUCUGGAAAGUCCAUCUACUUCACUUGCUCAUACCUCAAUCAGAUCCUUCAUCUGCACGGUUUCCGAAAGCUUCACCACUCGACUAAGAAAACUGUUGGUGAAGCCGUUGACGCAGUGGAGCUGCUAGAUCUCUCUCGCUCGAUUCUGAAUCAAACCACACUCUCCUCAUCGUCAGCUUCCCUGACUCUCGAUCAAGUGAUAACCGAUAUCGAAGCUCUCAAAUGGCAGGAAUGCUGUAUCACCUCUCUCCAGAUCGUCAGUUCGGAUGAUAGGACUCGAGCAGUGGACAAUACGAAAGAGUGAUCGAACAAGAGAAAGAAGCAAGGAAACGAAAAGAAGAAGAGGAAGAGGAAU